AUGGGAUAUGCACUAACAGAGGCAACAUUUAACUACUACAGGGGCGAAUUACGAAGAACAGAUAGAGCAGCUUUGGAGUGGAUUGACAAUAUUCCCAGAGCGAAGUGGUCGAGGGCGUUUGACGGAGGACAGCGGUGGGGACACAUGACCACAAAUUUAGCCGAAUCUAUGAACUCGGUACUUAAGGCUACCCGAAACCUUCCUAUUACAGCAUUGGUCAAGUCAACGUACUAUCGUCUAGGAUCGCUGUUUGGAAAACGAGGACACGAUUGGACAAAACUGUUGGCAUCCGGUCAAACUUUCACGAAAAACUGUAUCAAGGGAAUGGCCGACGAGGCUAUUAAAUCUAGCAGUCAUAACGUCAUUCAAUUUGAUCGCGAGAGAUUCUGUUUUAUGGUUGCCGAAUGCAUUAACCAACGCGAUGGCCGACCAUUAGGUACUUUUAGCGUUGAUCUCAGGAGAGGGUGGUGCGAUUGUGGGAGGUUUCAGGCAUUUCAUUUACCUUGCUCUCAUGUAAUCGCAGCAUGUGCCAGUAUACGACAGGACCAUAACAUGCACAUACCAGAUGUUUUCAAAGUUCUAAGUGUAUUCAAAGUAUACAGCCAAAGCUUCCUUGGACUACCCCACCAGCAAAAUUGGCCAACAUAUGAAGGAUUCACUCUUUGCCAUGACGAGACAAUGCGACGAAAUAAGAAAGGGCGUCCAAAUAGUACAAGAAUUACAACUGAAAUGGACGAUUUUGAGAAAGAAAAGAGAAGAUGUGGGAUUUGUCGAGAAAUCGGUCAUAUGCGGAGAAAAUGUCCAAACGUGGCAGGCCCAUCAAAUCGGCCAGUCUAA